AUGGGAAGAAGAGAUUAUAAAAACAGAUCUUCUUCGCGAUCACCAUCCAAUUAAGAGGUAGAUGAGUAAAAAGAUAAAAAGAGAAGAUAAGAUAGAGAUAGAUCGAGAAGAAGAUCAUCAUCUUCAUCUUCUAAUUCUCAAAGAAGAAAGGGAGAUAAAUAAAAGUAAAAUAAGUAGCAAUCAAGAUCCAGAUCAAAGGAAAAUAAAAGUAGAAAUGAUAAAAAGAACAAAAAGAAAUAAAAUAAGAAUUAAUCAAGGUCUUCUUCUUCUUAAUCUUCUUCUUCUUCAUCAUCUUCCUCAUCAGGUAGCGACGAAGAGGCUGAAAAGAAAUAAGCUGAAGAAUAUCUUAAAAUGACUAAAAUGAGAUAGGAAAUAAUAGAAAGAGAAUUACAAUAUAAAGGAGAGGAGAAUCCUUUUGGUGACAAAGAUAUUGCAGAAACAUUAAAUUGGGGUAAAAAUGCCAAUAAUUAAAAUAAAUCUAUUCAUGAAAUUAUGGAUGAUAUAUAACGUGUUAAAUAAAUACGUUAGUAGCGUAAGGAAGAUGAAAAGCGUUUAGAAGAAAUGAGAAAUAAGGCAAUACAGGAAAGAGAGGAAGAGUAAUAUUAGUAAUGGAAAGAAAAAGAGGAAAAGUUUCAUGCAUACUAGGCUCGUAUAAGAGCCCUUGUGCGUAUUACUCAAGGAAAAGAGACAACAGUAGAUAAAAUUAACAAAAUUUUUUAUAUCUAUCGUCGAAAGAUUAAAUACAGUGAGCAUUUAGAUCCAAUUAUGAGCAAUGUAUAAGCCUUUAUAAAGAAAUAAGAUGAAGAAGAACUCGAAAAAAUAUUAGCUCAGGCAAUUAAUCAUCACAAUUAAUUACAAGACCCCGUAGCUAUCAAUGACUAAUAGUAUAAAGAUGAAAGCGAAAUAGUUAAAUUUUCUUAGUUUUGGGAAAGUAUAAGGUCUAUCACUUAAUAUUAUUUGGAUGAAUUUCGUAAGAGAGAUUAGUAAAAGGAAGUGUUACCUGAGUUUGAAGAGGAAAUAAAAGCUAUUUUUGAAGGUAAAAAUCUGGAAGAACUUCUUGAGCUAGAAAAAGGAAUCAACCAAAGUAUAUAACUCACAAAGUAUGGAAGCUAAGAAGAUCAAUAAUAUUGGCAAAAUAUGCAUAAAAGAUUACAAUUAUAUAAAGGAGAUGCCAUUCUAAAGAAUUUUUAUGAUUAUUUUUCUACUCAUUAGAAUGAGUUUCAAGCAGAAGAUGCUCUUGAAAUAGAAGUGGAAAAUAAACCACAGCUUACUGAGGAAUAAUUAUUAGCUGAGUAAAUAUAAACCGAGUAGUUAGAAGCUGAAGCUCAUGUUUACUCUCCUAUACUAAUGCCUAUCAGUGAAGAAACACUACGUUCUUCAUAAACCUAAUCAGAAUUUACAGAGUAGGUUGUUUAACUUAGAUAAGUCUAUUAUAACAAAAUAUUAAAACGAGCUUUAACAGCUUUAGAAAAUAAGCGCGAAAAAGAAUCUAAGCUAAUAGAUACAUUUGUUCCCGUAAUUGGUGGUUUAACAACUGUGAAACAAGAUAGAGAAGAUGUAGAUGCUGCCACACUACAUUUACUGGAAAUGGAAAAGAAAAAACCAAUGGAAGAUGGAGAAUAAGUAUUUGAUGAUCAGCAAGCUAUUGAAGAUAAAGACUAUAAUUGGUCUGACAAAUACAAAUCAAAGAAGCCUAAGUAUUAUAAUCGUGUUAAAUUAGGAUUCGAUUGGAAUAAAUAUAAUAGAGCUCAUUAUGAUUCUGAUAAUCCUCCUCCAAAGUACGUACAAGGUUAUAAAUUUAAUAUUUUCUACCCAGAGCUGGUUGAUAUGUAAAAGACUCCAGAAUAUUUCUUAGAGCCUACAGAUGAACAAGGAUAUUGUAUUAUCAGAUUUACUGCUGGGCCACCUUAUGAAGAUGUAGCUUUUAAAAUCAUCAAUAAAGAAUGGGAUUAUGCAGACAAAAAAGGAUUUAAAUGUUAUUUCAAUCGUGGUGUUUUAACUUUGCACUUUAAUUUUAAAAGAAGUAUUUCAAGACGUUGA